GAAAUGAGAUGGAAACUGCAAACUGUUGCUUCUAUCUUAACCCUCCUAAAGACCUGUUGACACUGUGCAGAGAGGACUUAAUGUGCCUAGGCAGCAAAAAUUUUGGUCAGGGGAUCGCUGAGAAGGUGGAGCUCUGAUUAAUUUCUGUGUUGUUCGGACAAAUGCAAAAGGAUAUAAAUACACUGAAAGGAGGAUAGGGAAGUCACUAUAAAGCAACUCUUGCCUCUCCAAGCAGACCUCAUUUCUUCUCCUGCUGCCACCUAGUUAGCUCAUUCUCCCCCUCACUCUUUGCCUCAUUUUCCCCCUCCUAGCUUUCCUAGGUCUCGCCCUUCUCGUCAUGGCUCUCUGGAUCCGAUCACUGCCUCUCCUGGCCCUCCUUGCUCUUUCUGGCCCCCCUAUCAGCCAUGCUGCUGCCAACCAGCAUCUUUGUGGCUCACACCUAGUGGAGGCCCUCUAUCUGGUGUGUGGAGAACGGGGCUUCUUCUACUCUCCCAAAGCCCGACGGGACCUCGAGCAGCCCCUAGUGAAUGGCCAUCUGCAGAAUUCAGUGGAAGAACUGCCAUUCCAACAGGAAUACCAGCAAGACAAGAGGGGAAUCGUUGAGCAAUGCUGCCAUAACACCUGCUCCCUGUACCAGCUGGAAAACUACUGCAAUUAGAGGAGACAAAUAUGGAGGGGAGUGUGUGUCUGUGUGUGUGAGAGAGAAAGGCACUUUCGGUAUUGCACCUUUAAAGCAAUUGAAUAAAAAUGCUGUGAAUCUA